GGACACAUUGGGAGCAAAUAAAGGGAGGAGAUUUUGAAGUUCUCUUCAGUAGUGCACAAUAACGUCACUGCUUUAGUAGAAUCCAGCAAGUAACUCGAGGGCCAAGAUCAGACAGCAGCAGUGAACGAAUACAGAGUAUGGCUACAGUGCGGGAGAAAGCGGCGUCUUUGAAUCUCAUUGGAACUAUGUACAGCCCAAUGCAUAACCCACCCAGGACAUUAGUAGAUGCCGGCAUGGAACAGAAACCGUUCAGAGCAACGUUUAUAUGGAGCAGUAUUAUCAAUAACCUUCAGACUCGGGUGGUGGUCAAAAAAAGACGCCACAACUUGAAGUAUCACCACGACUGCUUCGUUGGCUCAGACGCCGUGGAUGUCAUUCUGGCUCACCUCGUACAGAACAAGUUCUUUGGGGAUGUGGAGAUCCCUCGUGUAAAAGUGGUGCGUGUGUGUCAAGCCCUCAUGGAUUACAAGGUGUUUGAGGCUGUUGACACCAAGGUCUUUGGUAAAGACAAAAAACGGUCUGCAUUUGAGGACAACAGUUGCAGCUUGUAUCGAUUUCUGAAUUCGCCGAGCCAGACUGAGAGUGGUCAAGAAUGUGGAAGCAGCUCUCCAGGUUAUCAGAGAAGUGUAUUCAGCCGGUCUUGUAGAAGAGAAGAAGAAACAGUAAAUUCUGCCUCCACCCCUGUCAAAACGGACAAAUCUUUAGAAGAUCUACUUGACAACUUGAGUCUGAAUCCUGUAAGCACGCCUACAAUGAAAAUAGGCUCGAGCCUGCCUCAGAAAGUUAUUAAUGAAGUGUGGCACGAACAAACAGUCCUGCGCCUGCUGCAGCUUGUGGAGCUUCCACUGCUUGAUGUGCUGCUGGAUGGAAGAGGGAGUGCCUCUCAUCCGAAGAGUGUUGACAGUGAUCCUGACCUGCUCUUCACCAGCAACUACCUAGACAGGGAGAUCCUCAAGGCGUUCAGCGAUUCCCAGGCUGAUGACUGGCUGUCUGCGGCAGUGGAUUGUCUCGAGUUCCUGCCGGACCAGACUGUGGUUGAUGUGAGCAGAAACCUGCCAACGUGCCCUGAAGAGACAGAGAAAUGCAAAAGACUUCUGUAUGACACAGUUGUAAAAUACUACAACCAAAACCGAGAACCUCUUCUUAGGAACCAUUUCUUUGACAUACAUACUGGCAUAACUGAGUUUCUUGUGAAUGGUAAAUUGGAGCAAGCUCUUGAAGCCGUACAGCUUUCCUUGAAGCUGCUGGAUUCCCGAAGCAGAGAAGAGUUAAGGAGGUUGCUGUGCUUCAUGGCUGUGGCGGCAGUGCCCACUGAAUUCAGGCUUCAAAAAGAUAUUGAGAACAGGAUGGCUGUUAAAAGGGCAUUUACAAAAGCCAUCGUCUGCCACAAGAGCCUAGCCAAGGGGAAGGUGGAUCUUCUAGUGCUGUUCUUACUGGACAACCAAAAGGAUGUGUUCAAGAUUCCAGGAGUCUUGCAUAAGUUGGUUAGUGACAAGCUGGCGUAUAUUCUACGUGGGAGAGAUCCGGAUUUAGAUACUGGCUAUACUUUCUGCCAGAGACUCUCCAGCCAGGAAUGUUCAAGCACUGUACAGAAAACUACAAAGGAUGAGCUUUGGACUUUGCUUCGAACAAUCCAUGAGAACCCAAAGCUUUCAACUAAAGAGAAGAAGCGAUUACUUGGUCAAUUUUAUAAGAGUCACCCAGAUGUGUUUAUCCAGUAUUUUGGAGACUGUGCCCACACUGUUUAUACAUGAGUGCAGUUGUUAAACCCUAUAAAUAUUAUUGCAGAAGAUCAUAUUAUAAAUGUAUACAUCUUUUUAUAGCAUAUAUGUACAUAUGAAUGUGUUUUUAUACCCUUAUCAAAUUUUGAAUAAAAAAUUAAAUGUC